GCGGCCAGUAACCAGGAAGCAGUCUUUGCCAAUCAUGCCCUUCUUCCUGCCUGUGCGUUCCACCUUACUUCCGUAUUGUGCGUUCCAAAUGCAGAUAGUCUGUGUUCAUCGACUGCUGCAGCCUCCCAGUGUCCGUGGAGAUCAGGAACUCCAGCUGUGGGGAUCGGAGUCUUUACUACACAUCACACGUUCUGUAUUCUCUCUGAUUCACUGAGGAUGGACAAGGACAGGAGUCACAGGACUGAGAGGAUAAUAAAUAUUACCCUGGAGAUCAUCUACCUGCUGACUGGGGAGGAUUACACAAUAGUGAAGAAGACAUCCAAUGAGUUUGAGACACCGAGCAGCCAUCCCCAUGUAUCAGGAGGACUGAGUAAAAUCCAGAGCCCCAUCACGGUGCCUCCACCUCACUCACUGACACAUGAGAGACACAAUGACCAGAAGAUCCUGGAACUCACCAACAAGAUCAUUCAGUUGCUGACUGGAGAGGAGGUUGAGUAUAUAGAGGAACACAGGGGUCUGUACAAGGACGUGAUGAUGGAGAAUCACCGGCCCCUCACAUCACUGGAUGGGCCCAGUAACAGAGAUACCCCAGAGAGAUGUCCCCGUCCUCUGUAUUCCCAGGAUUGUACAGAGGAGAAUCACAGGAUCCCACAGGAGGAUCAGGGUGAAGCCCAAUUAAAUAAUAUUAAAGUCAAAGGUACAGAGGGAGAAGAAGAGACGUAUGUGACUGUUAUAAAGGCAGAAGAUAUAGAGGGAGAAGAAGAGACGUAUGUGACUGAUAUAAAGGCAGAAGAUAUAGAGGGAGAAGAAGAGACGUAUGUGACUGAUAUGAAGGCAGAAGAUAUAGAGGAAGAAGAAGAGACGUAUGUGACUGAUAUGAAGGCAGAAGAUAUAGAGGGUGAAGAAGAGACGUAUGUGACUGAUAUGAAGGCAGAAGAUAUAGAGGGAGAAGAAGAGACGUAUGUGACUGAUAUAAAGGCAGAAGAUAUAGGGGGAGAAGAAGAGACGUAUGUGACUGAUAUAAAGGAAGAAGAUAUAGGGGGAGAAGAAGAGACGUAUGUGACUGAUAUGAAGGCAGAAGAUAUAGAGGAAGAAGAAGAGACGUAUGUGACUGAUAUGAAGGCAGAAGAUAUAGAGGGAGAAGAAGAGACGUAUGUGACUGAUAUGAAGGCAGAAGAUAUAGAGGGAGAAGAAGAGACGUAUGUGACUGAUAUAAAGGCAGAAGAUAUAGGGGGAGAAGAAGAGACGUAUGUGACUGAUAUGAAGGCAGAAGAUAUAGAGGAAGAAGAAGAGACGUAUGUGACUGAUAUAAAGACAGAAGAUAUAGAGGGAGAAGAAGAGACGUAUGUGACUGAUAUAAAGGCAGAAGAUCUAGAGGGAGAAGAAGAGACGUAUGUGACUGAUAUAAAGGCAGAAGAUAUAGAGAGAGAAGAAGAGACGUAUUUGACUGAUAUAAAGGCAGAAGAUAUAGAGGGAGAAGAAGAGACGUAUGUGACUGAUAUAAAGGAAGAAGAUAUAGGGGGAGAAGAAGAGACGUAUGUGACUGAUAUGAAGGCAGAAGAUAUAGAGGGAGAAGAAGAGACGUAUGUGACUGAUAUAAAGGCAGAAGAUCUAGAGGGAGAAGAAGAGACGUAUGUGUGGGGUGAUCAGAAUUGUAAGGAGGAGGAAAUCCCUACAGAUAUCGGCACAGCAGAUGGACACACAAGCAGGAAUAUCUCAGAAGGACAUCUAAUGUUAUCCCCGGAUUGUGACAUAAAAGAUAAUGACAGUAGACAGGAUUCUCCAGGAGCUAACCCCAUUACCCCAAUUAUACAUCCAGCUCUAUCAGCUAGUCCCUCUGAUCCUGGGAAAUGUUCUCCUGAUCACUCUGAUAUUGGUGCAUCUGUUACAGCUCUGAGAGUAGAUACAGUGUUUCCGUGUUCUAUAGAUGCCAAAUGUUUUACACAGAACACAAAGCUUAUUAACCCACACACAGGUAAAAUAGGUGAACGGCCACUGAUAUGUUCUGAGUGUGGGAAAUGUUUUACAUACAAAUCGCAUCUUGUUAGACAUCAGAAAAGUCACACAGGUGAGAGGCCAUUUCCAUGUUCUGAGUGUGGGAAAUGUUUUGCACACACAUCAGAUCUUGUUAGACAUAACAGAAGUCACACAGGUGAGAAGCCAUUUUCUUGCUCUGAGUGUGGGAAAUGUUUUAUCCAGAAAUCACAUCUUGUUCUACAUCACAGAAGUCACACAGGUGAGAAGCCAUUUCUAUGUUCUGAGUGUGGGAAAUGUUUUGCGCACACAUCAGAUCUUGUUAUACAUCAGAGAAGUCACACAGGUGAGAAGCCAUUUUCUUGCUCUGAGUGUGGGAAAUGUUUUAUCCAGAAAUCACAUCUUGUUAUACAUCAAAGAAGUCACACAGAUAAGAAGGCAUUUCCAUGUUCUGAGUGUGGGAAAUGUUUUACACACAAAUCAGGUCUCGUUAGACAUAACAGACAUCACACAGGUGAGAAGCCAUAUCCAUGUUCUGAGUGUGGGAAAUGUUUUGCGCACGCAUCAGAUCUUGUUAUACAUAAGAGAAGUCACACAGGUGAGAGGCCGUUUUCUUGCUCUGAGUGUGGGAAAUGUUUUAUACAGAAAUCACAUCUUGUUAUACAUCAAAGAAGUCACACAGGUGAGAAGCCAUUUCCAUGUUAUGAGUGUGGGAAAUGUUUUAUAUACAAAUCACAUCUUGUUAUACAUCAGAAAAUUCAUACAGGUGAGAAACCAUUUCCAUGUUCUGAGUGUGGGAAAGGUUUUACAAACAAAUCGCAUCUUGUUAGACAUCAGAGAAGUCAUACAGGUGAGAAGCCAUUUCCAUGUUCUGAGUGUGGGAAAUGUUUUGCAUUGAAAUCAAAUCUUGUUACACAUCAGCAAAGUCACACAGGUGAGAAGCCAUUUCCAUGUUCUGAGUGUGGGAAAUGUUUUGCACAAAAAUCAGAUCUUGUUAUACAUAAGCGAAGUCACAGGUGAGAAGCCAUUUCCAUGUUUUGAGUGUGGGAAAUGUAUUGCACACAAAUCAGAUCUCAUUAAACAUGAGAGAAGUCACAGGUGAGAAGCCGUUUUCUUGCUCUGAGUGUGGAAAAUAUUUUACAUGGAAAUUAAAGCUUUUUACAUAUCGGAGAACUCACACAGGUGAGAGGUCAUUUUAUUGCUAUGAGUGCAAAAUGUUUUACACGGAAAUCACAACGUGUUACACAUCAGCGAAGUCACACAGGUGAGAAGCCAUUUACACUCUGAGAAAUAAAUCAGCACAAUAGACAA